AUGGAAUGGGGUAGGGGGCAGUCCAUACGCUUACUAUUGAAGUACGCGGGCAUACAGUUCACAGACAAGGGUUACGCCAACCCUAUGGACUGGAAUUCGGGAAAGUUUACACUGGGUUUAGACUAUCCCAACAUUCUUUACUAUAUCGACCACGACCUUAAACUGAUCCAAAGUAUAGCUAUAAUGAGAUACUUGGGUAAAAAGCACGGCCUGUCGGCCAUCUCUGAGCCCCAACGGGACGUACAAUACAUGGCUGCACAACAGCUUCAGGAUGUGUUGCAGGGAUUGGCGGCCAUUAUGUAUGGACCGGGCGAUGGAGAGGCCAACCCCCGGCCUAUAUCACUGGCACUCUCGAGCCUCAGUUGGAUCUUCAUUUUGGCGUAUAAUGUUUUGGAUAUACUGAGAUUGUAUGCGCCCGAGUCUGUGGCCAAACACCCGACUAUUGGCCAGUAUUUGGACAUAUUUGAAGCCUUGCCCGCCAUUAAGGCAUGA